AUGGAUGGGUUUUUCAUAUACACCAGCGAGGGGAGGCUACUAAUAGAGCAUGUUUUUGGAAAUGAUAUUGAAAUAAAUAUAUUAGAAAGUGAUAUAGAAGAUAUAAUAAUAAAUAAGAAAAGGGAGUUAAAUAAUUAUUUUAUAGUUUUAAAUAAUGAAAAUAAUAAUAAUUUUAUGAAAAAAAUGUAUAAAAAUAAUUUUAUAUAUUUGAUUAUAAAAGAUGAUAUAUAUUUCGUUGCAGUAAAGAGGGAUGAAAACAACCCAAUUUUAAUUGUUGAAAUAAUACAAGAUAUAAUUAAAAAUAUAAAAGCAUAUUUUAAUGUCAAUAAAUUAAAUGAGAAUAUAUUUUUACAAAAUUAUUCGGUGAUUAAUUUUCUGAUAAAUGAAAAUUUAACACAAGAAGGGAAGCCUAGUCUAUUUGUAAAUGGUAUAUUAAAAUCGUUAGUAAAAAAUGAUUCAAAUAUUUUAAAUGAAGCAUUGAAAUUGCCUUCAAUACCUAAUAAUAUAUACAAUAUGAUAACAAGUGGCAGUAGUAGUAUUAUCAAUAAUAACACAAAUAGUGAUUAUAUAAAUAGUAUUGGAAACAAUGGAAACAAUAAGACAAAUUUUAUUGGUAAUAAUACAAAUGAGAAUAAUAUAAAUUAUAGUUAUAGUAAUGGGUUGUGUAUAAAUUCAACAGAUUCUAUGCACAUUUAUUGGCGUCCAAGUAAUGUAUAUUAUUCAACAAAUGAAAUAUAUGUUGAUGUAAUUGAAAAUGUUUUUUGUAUUAUGAAUAAAUUUAACAAAAUAAUACAUUAUUCUAUUCAAGGGAAUGUUAUUAUAAAUUGUACAAUUAGUGGAAUACCAGUUGUUAAAUUAAUUUUUAAUCAUAAAAUUGACUUAAAAAAAUGUCAUCUUCAUUUUACUGCUAAUUGGACUAAAAUAUUUAAAAAAAAUAAAUCAACUAACGAAAAAAAUGUUAUUUAUUUUGUUCCACUAAACGAGGAAUAUACAGUUAUGCAAUAUUUUGAGCAUGCCCCAUUAAUAAAUAAUAAUAAAAAUGGUAGUAUCAAUGAUGAUACUAAUAUAAACCGUUUUCAUAAUUCUCAAGAUCAAUUAACUGAUGUUUUGAAUUUAAAAACUUCAAGCACGGAAAGCAUCAAUUUCGUAAGACCUGAUAAUUCACCUAAUGAUAAAACCCAAAAUAGCAAUUGUGAUGAGAAUAGACAAAACAUCAAAAAUAAUAAUGGCGAUGACAUAGGUAAAGAUUAUUCAUAUAGAAAUGAUGAAAGUUCUGAUAAGGAAGAUAAUAACGUAUUAACAUCUGGUGAAAUGAGUAGUGAAAAUGAUGAAAGACAAACUGAUGGUGUAAUGAAGAAUGAAAAUAUUGAGAGCAGAUUUUUAUUAGACUAUAAUAAUGAGCGCUGUAAACUUCCUAUAAAUGUGAAAGGGAAUGUCAUUUAUGUGCCAACAGAAAAUAUGUAUAAAAUGAAAAUUAAUGUGAUUUUAAAUAAUAUAAAAAGAAAAAAAAAUAGCAAUUUAUUGCUAAACAAUUAUGAAAACAUUCUUAUUAAAAUUCCAGUACAUAAUAUUAUAAGUUCAGUUAGUUCAAAUAUUACAAUAGGUAAAUUAAAUUAUAAUGAUAGAAAUAAUUGUAUAUAUUGGUAUAUCGAAAAUGUUGUAGGUACUAAUACUACAAUAUCAGCAAAUAUAUCAUUAUAUAUAAAAAAUAGUAAUAAUAUCUAUAAAACCAAUAAUACAAUGGAUAUACUAAAUGAAUAUCAUUAUAAAGAUGAAUUGAGCGCAAACUACCCAUAUAGUUUUAGCGAAAAUUCUUAUAAUAAUGAUGGUCACAUGAUUUAUUCAUCCUUAAAUUUUGUUGUAUAUGCUAGCUUAAAAGUUAAUGGAAUCUCAAUUUCAGGAAAAAAAAUUGAAAAAAUCGAAAUUCUCGAGUCCAAGAAUUUAGAUAUACAUAAAGGGUGUCGAUACAGUACAUAUUUCAAUAAUUUGGAAUUUAGGAUAUGA